AUGGUUAGGAUUUUCAACUUUACUGACAAGGUUAUAGAAAGCCUAAUCAUGGCAGCACAAUACCAAGACCCAUGGACCUUAGCUAAAGAUGUAUUGCCACUACUCUCCUACAGUGCUCCCUUUGCAAUAUAUCAUCAGUAUUUACAGCCUCUGGCUAAAUGUAUGCACAACCUUCAGCAAGGGAAGAUGGCAAUCAAUCUGCAAAUAACAGAACCAUAG